CCAAGUUUAUGUGUCACUUUGACAUCAGUCACGCAAAUGCGUCGUAAAUCAUUUCUAACGCGCGCCCCCUUCGGGGUCGCUUCCAAAAGGUUCGAGUCGAUCGGGUUCCACCCCGGUUUGGAUCCCCUGGGUACGAUGAGCAAGAAUCGGUCCAAUGUCGGUCCCGGCGAUUACGAUCUUGAGCGGCCGCCGAAGCAAACCGGUUCGGGUUGGAAGUGCAAGGUCGAAACGGAGGAGUUCUCCAAGAAUUUAGGUUUUAGAAACGCAGAGGUGCUCGAAGAAAGGAGGUUUCGUCGCACCUGUGGAGGUCCCGGUUGCUACGACAUCCCAGACAGCGUGUUCGCGAGGCAGUCCGCGUCGUGCAAGAAGAACGUAAGCUUCGGCGUCCGCGCGAGGUUUCCGAGGGAAUCGAGGGCGAUUAUUCCGCCUCCGGGUACGUACAACGUCUCGACGCCGCCGGAGCGUCGGCAGUUCAGCGCGCGUCCCUCGUUCGAGCGCGACGGCUUCGUGAACCGUUUCAAGAGUGCGGAUAAGCCGUGGACCAAACCGCCUAACCUGUACACUCCGGUGGAUAGAGGUUCCCUUCGCGCUCUGAUGGAUAAGGUCGUCUCCAAAAGGGGCCCCUACGAUCUUUUCACGGGGCCGAGGGACGACUCCACCAUAAAAAACCACUUCGCCCCUCCCACGUUUAAGGGACCGAUCAACUUCUUCAACGUCUACCCCGCUGAGCUGGACGUCUUCCUCAACCACCCCCGAAACCAAACGCGCGGUCGAUUUUUGAACGAGAAGAGGUUCGGAAUUGCGACAAUGAGGCACAUGAUCGACGAUCCCACCCAAGUGAGACGUGAUCCGGACGACCCGAGCCCGUGCACCUACGACAUCUCGAGACCGAGAGUGUGGCGGAAGAGUCUUCACCCGUUCAAUCAAUCGGUGACGUAUGCCCGCCCUCCGAUUCCCUGGAGGAUUUUUCCGGGCGUUGGCCGAUACAACCCCAAGCACGGGACGUGCCCCAAAUCCAAGAGGCAGUCGUGGGUUUUCAAGUCGAAAACCGGCCGCACCGAGUACAAGGCGGUCGAAUAUAAUUCCUUCUAAGUACCUUUUUUGUUCGA